GCCCGCGCGCCCCUUGGGGCCGCCCCCGCAUCCCGCUCGCCGGCGUCUGGUUCUCAUGAUGAUGAAGAAGAAGAAGUUUAAGUUUAAGGUGGACUUCGAGCUGGAGGAGCUCUCCUCGGUGCCCUUCGUCAAUGGGGUCCUCUUCUGCAAGAUGCGACUGCUGGACGGCGGCAGCUUUACCGCAGAGUCCCCCAGGGAAGUGGUGCAAGCAAACUGUGUUCACUGGAGGAAGAAGUUCUCAUUUAUGUGCAAAAUGAGUGCAAGUGCCGCCACAGGCAUCCUGGAUCCUUGUAUCUACAGAGUAUCUGUAAGGAAGGAAUUGAAAGGUGGAAAAGCUUAUGCAAAGCUGGGCUUUGCAGACCUAAACCUGGCAGAGUUUGCUGGAUCAGGAAAUACCACUCGUCGCUGUUUACUGGAAGGCUAUGAUACCAAAAAUACAAGACAGGAUAAUUCCAUUCUUAAAGUUUUGAUCAGUAUGCAGCUGAUGUCUGGUGACCCGUGUUUUAAAACGCCUCCUUCUACAUCGAUGUCUAUACCAAUUGCUGGUGAAUCUGAAUCUCUGGAAGAAGACAGAAAAGGUGGAGAGACUCUCAAAAUCCAUCUUGGAAUAGCAGAUCUUUCAGCAAAGAGUGCCUCUGUUCCAGAUGAACUUGGCGCCUGUGGACAUUCUAGAACAUCAAGCUAUGCAAGCCAGCAGUCAAAAGUAUCAGGGUAUAGCUCGUGCCACUCCCGGUCAUCCAGUUUUUCUGAGCUCUGUCACAGGAGAAACACCUCAGUGGGAAGCACAUCAACGGGAAUUGAAAGCAUUCUAGAGCCGUGUGAUGAAAUUGAGCCAAAAAUAGCCGAAACAAACCUUGAUCCAGCCGGCAAAGAAGAUACUGCUUCGGAAAUGCUCACCAGAUGCCCAGUGAAGCAAGAUUCUGUAGAAUCUCAGCUGAAGCGAGUUGAUGACACCAGAGUGGAUGCAGAUGAUAUUGUGGAGAAAAUACUACAGAGUCAAGACUUCAGCCUAGAUUCCAGUGCCGAAGAAGAAGGCCUGAGGUUAUUUGUGGGUCCUGGGGGAAGUACCACCUUCGGCAGCCAUCAUCUUCCAAAUAGGGUGGGGUCCGGAGCUUAUGAACAAGUUGUGAUCAAACGCUAGAAGUCAAGCUGGUGAACUGAAGCUUCCCUGGGGGGUUGAGACGUGGGCAGUCAAGCUGUCGAGGCACUUCGUUCAAGCACUUAGGAGAAAAUGAGCGUAUUUUACAAAUGAAGCACGGUCCUCUAUUAAGAGGAAAGCCAACACCGAUUUCUUCUCGGAAAGUGCCCACCACUGCCCUGUGCCACCCACGGAAAGGGAACAUCAGAACUGUAGCAUCCAGGUGCUGGGCCACGUGUCGCUAGCGGCAGACGGCUUCCGCGGUCACUGCAUAGGAUAAUGAAAAGCCUGCUUUUUCUUUCCAAACAUCCAGGUGGGGAAAGCAACACUAUACAUCUGAGUAUAGCUCCGUGCUGAAGUAUAAAGCCUGUAGUAGAGGCGCUCAGCAGGUUUGGGCUCUAAUUAUUUCAUUUUAAUGUUUGGGAGGUAAUAAGUGAAUCAUGUGGACCCUAUAAAUUCUAUCAAGAUAGUUAUAACCUCUUAAGGAAAUCUCCCAGAUUCCACCCUACCUAUAGUAUUGUACUGUUUAGUAACUUUUCUUGAUUAAAUAAUUGAUACAAAGUUUGGGUGUUCAUGUUUGGGGGAAAAUGUUAUACUACAAUUUAAACGUGUAGAAUGCUUAAUUCUCACCAUAUCUGUCACAAAUGGAAUGUGUUUAAGUCUGAGAUAGGUGAAUGAGUGUAAUGCCUGCCAUUAUUUUGCAACACGUAUUGUUACUAGUUAACGUUAGAUGAGCUGCAGAACUCCUACUAGCACUAUAGAUGAGAUUCACGCUAAGUUUAAUAUUUAAUAGGUUAAGCUCCCAUAAGGCACCUUUAAGAGCUGUUCUAACUGAGUAAUAUCUGCUGGUUUCAGGAGUCAGAAUUCAGAACAGGAGGAAAAUUGUAGCAUGAUCAGAAACAGUGGCCUUUUCUGUGUAAGUUCAGACUUAUAUCUGAAACUGAAAAUUAUUCCAAGGAGGUAGCAGAUAAGACAGGGGACAGCUGCUUGACAUUACUGACAUGGACUCGUGGUUUUCUAUUUUAAACUCCGCACAAUAGGAUACUAUGUUUUUUCCUUUACUGUAACAGUAGUUGUUUUGAGACAGUAGACUAUAACAUAAUCCAAUAUAGCUUUAAAAGUAAGAAUAUCUGAUCUGGAUCCAGUUUAACAAGCUCAGCAGACAGACCAUCUUUUUAUCAGGUGGGAAGUUUUUCUGGUCUUACAUGACAAGUUUUAAUGUUCUUGGAGUCACUCAGUCACUGAAGAAAAAUGCAGAUUCUAUAGAACCAGUAAUUCCCAGUCCUUACAUUCAAAACUGUGUGCAGAUAAAACACAAUACGUUAGAAUAACUUUGGUCUAGGUAUUUUUGUGUUGGCAAAGUAAGGGGAAAAUACAUUAAGAAGGUAUUUCAAUGUCCAAAUGUAGAGAUUUGGAAAAAUUUUGAGUAGUUCGUUAGGGUUUUAGAUUUUUUAACAUUCCAAAGCUUAGGUAUUCUAAAUUAAUCCAGUUCUACUGCAAAUAGAUAUUUUUAAAAAAGUAAAACCCCAUUUUAGAAUCUUUUGAAUGUUGAUAGAGUUUGAGUCAUUAGUAAUACUUUUAUUUUAUUUUGACAAAGGAAAAAAAUUGACCUGACCAUUUUAGUCUAACCAAGGAAAAAACCAUUAGCUUAAGUGGUAAAGACUUGCUUGCUCUCUGUGAUUAACAGUGAGCUGAUCCAUCCAUUAUAUAUUAUUGGGGGGGGGGGUCAAAGUUUUUAAUAGAGAUAUGAAACUAGUGUUUACAGAUAUUUAUGACAUGUUUUAAGAACAUAUUUUUCUAUUUUCAAAAUAUUUCUAGGCUAUAUUUUUUAUUGGCACUUCUGCAAAUGAUUUUGCCAUUUUGAAAAUGAUAAAAGCUAUCAAUUAUAAGCAAGGUUCAGUGAGGACAUUCUUCAGAUAUGUGAAAGGUCCUGUAAUCCAGGCAUUGCCCAUCUUAUCCCUGCCUGCCCUUGGCUUCCUCGUACCUUUAUACAAGACUGGCUCUCAGCAUUUAAAAAGAUACAGAAUUAUUUUUUUAAAAAUGUGGAGAUCUUGAAAAGCAUAAAAAUCAUGCCCUCUAUAAUUUUAGCAACCACCAGAUACAUCUUGAUUUAUGUAGUAGGAAAUCAUUUUAAUAGAAACAUCAAUGAGGGAAAAGUCAGCACAAGUCUGGAUUCCUUUUAUUUUGUGUGGCAUUGGUGGGCAUACUUUGCAAUCACAUUUAUUUACAGUCCCCUGGAAAUAUUUGUUAAAGUUUGUUUAAAUGUCUGCCUGGUUUUUCUGGUUUUUCUUAGAGCAUGUACUGUGUAGCCAUAUCUUAAAGAUGUAGCUAUUUUUAAAAACUGCUUUUUAUUUAAUUUGAGAAUUUUUAUUUUUUUUUAUUUUUUUAAUGUUAUGUUAGUCACCAUACAGUACAUCAUUAGUUUUUCAUGUAGUGUUGCUUUUUAAAUACCAAGUGCACUUUUGGUUCCAUUUGGAAUUGAGAAAAUUGGAUUCGAAAAAUUAGAUCUUAAUAAAUUGGUCUUUAAAGUCAAAUUUCAAAUCACCCAGUCUUGGAGAAUUUGCAAAUGUAUAACAUUGUCUUUGUCUAAUCCUAUCCUAGAGAAAGAUUAAUGGUAUAUUAAAGCUAUUUAUUUGUGGUCAGAAAAGGAAGUCUUAAAUACCCUGUUUGGGGGAAAUACAGAGGCCAGUCAGAAGCCCACUUCCUGUGACUCAAGCUGGUAACUGAGACCAGAGAGGAUGUCGGGUAGCAGGGGCAGAGCAGCCCUGGGCCAUCAGUUUGCAUUUUGAUGGUUGACUCCCCUUUGAGGUGUGGAAGCCUUCCAUACUCAGCAACUGUUGUGGAUUAGUACUUUAAAAUCUGAGAAAGUCUUGACCAAGAAUCCUAAAGCCCACCAUCCCAUUACAGGAAAAUACCAUCAGAGCAAUGAUAUCCAAACUAGAUUCCUCCGUUUUGUUUUGCUUUUGCAGGAAAACUGUGAGCCAUCAAGGUCCACCACUUAGCCUAUUUGUUACUAGAAGGAAAACAAAUCUUCAGCUAACCUCCAACCAAAACAUAAGACAUCCAGAAGUAAUUUUAGACUGAGACUGCCGCGCCAGCUAGACCACUUUGCAGACUCGAGCUGACAGUAUUAAAUACUUAAGUGCUCUGAAGUGUUAGUCUACGUCAUACUUACAUAAUCAUAUAACAGUGCUUAAAAGAGACUGGGCUUAUAUGAUGGGGUUGCAUUUUAUUUCAACAGGUCUAACUGGGACAGUUCAGAAAUUAUACUUGGUCGGUUCUCUUAGAUGGUACGUCAUGUGAAUAUAUUCAAGUACUGUAACUGAAAUUAUUAACGCCCCUUUCUGUGUUGGCUUAGGUACUAUGCAUAAUUUUAAUAGCUCAGAUGUUUAAGAAUAUAAAGUCUAAAAAUAUAAAGGAUGAAAUAAGUUUAAAGACUACUCUGGAAAUAAAGGCCUUAUUACCUUAGAUAUAUGAUUUUUCAUAAGAGAAUAUAUACACAGUAUAUUUUAAAUAGUCGUGUGGGUGGUCUCUACUCCCUAUGACAAAGCUGGCAAAAUUUUUUAUUUACAACGACAACAUAGUCUGCAUUUACAAAUGUUUAUGUUCAUCUUAUAUAUAUAUAACAAAAUUCUCUUGCUGAUAUUCAUUGACCAAAUCCCAUGCAGAGGAAUACUUAGGAUAUAUUGUUUGAUUGUUUUUUGGAAAUACAUCUUAUUCUGGAAGUUGAUACAAUUUGUGGGUAAUCAUGUAAAUGUUUAUGGAGAAAAAAUUGUUAUGGAAGUGAUUCCAUUAGUAUUGUUCUAAUACUUGGAAAAUGACCUUCAUAUUUAUAUAUUUGACUGUACAACUAUAAAUCCAGGAAAUUUUUACCAAAAAAAAUUUAUUGUAUUUCUAAUAAUGUAAAGGUGAAUCUUUUACCUGUUCAAUAAAAAUCAUCUUAAA